UAGCUGAAGGGUCUUAUCCACAUUAUUCUAUACUUUGUUAUACAUUACCUCCUAAAGAAUAUCCAAUUUCUGAUAACUAUUCCAUAAAAACUACAUGGAGACGUGAAAAAAAACAACAAACAAUCCAAUGUGAAAUUGAAUAUAAGGAUGGAAAAUCUCGUGAUAAAUGUAUGAUUAAACCUGCUGAACAACCUUCACCAAAAACACUUAAAAGAUACACAACAGAACUUGAAAUUAUGAUCAAAGAAAAUUUUAUUCAAAGCACAAAAUCCAAAGAAGGAACCAAACUCCCAAAUAUGGUUGAAAUACCUACAGAAAAAG